AUGCAGCUAGUUUCGAUCACGUCGGUUGAGGAAAAGAAAUCCUUCACUUGGAGGUUGCAUAACCCCGAAGCUCGAAAGUACAACCUUUUCCCUAGGGAGAAGCAGCUCCCAGCUUUAAAUGCUGGGAAGCAGCUUGACCCGGAGCCGGCGGCCGCCAUGACAACGGCGCAGUCCCCCGAGAAAUCUGAAAAAUCGGACAAAUCGUCGCUUCGUAUGCGGAUCAAGGAGCACAAUCUGAACCGGAGGAGGAAAGUCAGCGUUCCUGAACUUGGUCCUAUGACGACGGUGCAGGAGGUUCCUAUGGAUUCCCCAACAAUCCCAGGGCGGCCUGCACUUCACGAGCGUUCCAACAGCUCUCCCGUUAACAACACCUGGCGGCAACAUCACCUGGCGGAUGCUAUGAAUUGUACUAAGGAUGAACCAGACGAGAAUUCUGAAGAGACCUGGUAUACUCGUCCCAUGUAUUCACUGAAGGCCCACGCUUCGCCAUUGAGACAGCAGAUUUCGCCCAGAGACCUAGCACCUCUUACGAUACCCAAUCAAGAAGGGGCACUUCCCGGACUUGCUCGAAAGCUAUCACUCGGUCGUCUUCGAUCCGGAAAUAAACAGCAGGAACCAGCUGCCCGAUCCGCCCGCACCGAGGAUUCACCAAGAUCACGCACUCCUUUCACCCCGUAUACGCCACAAUCGGCUGCUACUGCUUCGACGCUUCCUACUCCAGUGUCAGCUCUGGCAGAAUCACGAGAAUCGCCAAGGCCGUGGGAAAAAGUGAGCUCGAGCCCACACGCCAGGAGUCAAAGUAGCCUCGGUACAACACCGAGAGCCGAAGUUGAGCCCCGAACCGCGUCUGCCAUGUCACACCGAAGGGGCGUAUCGGAUUCUGGGAGCGUCAUGGAGCGCGGACGUCCACGGAAACGAACCGACGGCACUCCUGUAGGUGGCGGUCAUCGGCGCGAAGAAUCGAAGAGAAGCACGAGUGCUGGUCGACUGGCCUUCGAGUCGCUGCCACAAGGCUGGAAGUCGAGCGAGGCGGUCAAGAAUCUGGACCAGACCGAGGUCGCCUAUCUACAGCAACAGGCACUCGGCCAAGCGCUAAGGUUCGAGGUGCUCAAGAAGGACGACGUCGAAAGCCUGUCAAAGGAGCUUCGCCAUCUAGACGAAAGGACUGAUUACCUCCGCCGCACGUAUACAUCCCUUCGUGCCGGCCGUCGUAAUUUGCAUACCCGCAUAUGCCAGUACCUCCGAUCGCCACGAGUUGCGAAAUUCAGCUACGAGUCCAUGCUGAAACAAGAAGAAGCUUUAGCCGAACUUGACGCAUCUAUCGAUGACUGGGUUACCAAGUUAGAACACGCCGAGAAUAGACGCACCCGCGUCAGACAGAAGCUGCUUGAGCACGUUGCCGCCGCCGCCACGCUCUCUUCAUUUACCAACGUCCUAGGCGUGAGCGAGACCCUAGAGCAAGCCAUGGGGGUCCGGGUGGCUCCCAGCCCUCAGGAUAUCUCAACGCCGCCGCGCAGCCCAACGAAAAAUGCCGGUUCAUUCCACCGCCAGCCCCCAUCCCCUUCACCGUCUCCGUCCCCGCACCGUGUCGUCGCGCGGGUCCCAUCGGCCAUAUCUGAACAACCUGCCGAGGGGACCGAAGCCAGCGGCCCCUCGCAAAGCCGCAAGAGCGCCGAUGCCGAGUCGGCCAUACAGCGGAUGGAGAGCAUUCGCAUCUACGCUGACAGCGAGGUCUACGCUCUGCUCGCGGAUGUGGAGAGCGAAUUUACCAAGCUCAAUGGCGAAGUUACCAGUCCCGAGCUUUCCCCACGACGAUCCACCGAAGGGGAGCACAGGGAGCUGCAUCGAUCACGCAGUCAUAAUAUUCUCAACGGCGAUGCUACUACUAUUUUAAAGUGUCUCAACAAGACCCCUCCCAUGUCUCCACCGGCUCCCUCGCCGCCCAUGAAGGACUCUCCCACGCAGAGCUUUCCUAUUCACAGGGAUGACGAUCUCUUCCUGACUGCUGCAGUCUUCCAGCCCCAACCAACAUCAGUUGGCGCAUGA